AUGAUGGUGAAGAUGCCUUCUUGCUUGGGCAUCGCUGCGAGGCGAGCUGCUGCAUCAGGUCAAGUGCCUCCCUUGCCUUGGGUGUCCUCGAAUGAAGGGGUAUUUCUAGGAUAUCACAUUCAGCCUGGUUUUGUGUGGAAAGGGGAAUAUCUUGUCACGAAGCUUGAAGCCAUCGAUUACCAUUUGGAACAUGGCAGCGUUGUCAUUCAACGCACCAAGCGAUUGGAGUUGCCCUCUGAAACCCAUGUGUUUCCGCUAAAAGCCAAAACCGACAGCCUUGAGCCGCCUCCAGAGCCGAUUGCUGAUCGUGUGAUUCCGCCGGUGCCUGAUCCGAUCAUUCCACAACAAUCCGAUUUGGAGUACACACCAUCCGUUGCACCAGACCCCAUUGAACCACCUGCCCAGGAGACGGAGCCGCCUGUUGACGUCGAGAUGAAGAAGUCCAGUGCAGAACCGCUUGAGCCUGGGGAGAUGAUGCCCGACGGGUCGAUCGCGCCGGACGGUUAUCGUUAUGAUGGAGUUAGAUAUGGGUAUGAUUGCUUGAGAGCAGAUUGCUGGUUUGAGCACCCCGAGGUCUUGAUCAUGCGCAACGACACUGGGAGCUUCCGUGUGUUGUUGCAGCUACGAAGCUGGGACAUGCCGGUACGCAUGCGGGAUGCUCGAGACCUGGACAGCUCCGUCACCGCCGUGCGUGAGGUCCGGGCACCUUUGUUGCUGCCAAAGACAGCGCAGAGUCCUGGCUGCACCAAGGAAUGUGCGGAUAUCUCUCGGAUGUUGCCACAUCUCCCGAGCGCCAAGUUGGCUCCCUGCUUCGGUCACGCCUGGAUGGAGGCUGCUCGAGUCCCUGAGCUCCCCAAAUCGGUGGAGCUGAUGGGUGGCCUUCAGCGCCGGGUGGGGGAGCAUCGGAAGUUUGGCAGAAGCUACAAGAUUGCUCUCAACAAGAGUGGCAAACUUCUCUGGCAGGGCUCUCACAUCACUGGAGAACCUUUGCUUGGAGUCUUGACUCCGGAAGGCAUGUGGAUUUGCAGCGAGCUCUUGACUCCAAAGGAGGAGAAGAUCGGAUCGGUGCGACUUCGUCAUGGACCAGAAUGGGACCAGUUAAGCCUGAACUUCAAGACAAACUCUGUCACUCAAUGGGGUGCAGAUGUUUGCGCUACCCGAGUGACCGCGGAGAUUCGAAUUUGCCGACCCCCGUUUCCUUCUAUGGAAUCCAAGCCAUCAUUUGCAGAAGCACAGCCUGGAUUGGUUCCAAUCAAGGCCGUGUCUUCGAUAGCUGCAGCUGCCGAGCUCUCCACGUUGUCCUUGCUUCAGCUGAAAGAGUGCCUAAAGGAGUAUGGAGUCACCGAAUAUGGGCGCUUCUUCAAUCAGAAAGAAUCUCUUGUAGAACUCCUGGCGAAGGUGGAAGCUACAGUACCCCUAGUGGGCCGCUGGCAGUACGGGAAGGCCCCCAACCGCAAGAGCUACCAGAUCCGCCGUUUGAUUUCCGGAGUCUUGAAGUGGGAGGGACCACAUUCCAGAGGUGGCAUGCUAAGCGGCAUUCUGGAGGAAGAUGAAGGUUGGUUGGUGGCACAAUUGAUGACCAACCAGAAUGAGACCAUCGGAUCAAUCCGACUUCGACACGGUCCAAAAUGGAACGAGGUCAUGUCAAACUUCAGAAGCCACAUGAUGACGGAAUGGGGCAGUGACAUCAUUGCGGAGCGUGUGGGUGAAGAAGAGCCCCUACGACGGCCCAGCUUCGACGAGGAGACGGAGGAAGAGGAGGAUGUGGUUCUCACGGACAUUUCAGAGUUGUCUGCGCAAGAGGUGAAGCUGUGUUUGAAAGAGUACGGUGUCACCAAGAUUCAUGAUUUGGAACGACGAGAGCAGUUGGUAGAACUCUUGGAAAAGGUUGAAGAUAGCUUACCUCUGGUUGGAACCUGGCAACAUGGGCGACACAACAAGCAGUACGAAAUCCAGCAUACAGAAGAUGGACAGUUGCUUUGGGAAGGUCCACACAUCUUCGGUGGCACACUGGUGGGCGUUCUCUAUGACGAUGCCGACUGGCUCCGGGCCGAACUCUUUACUUGCAAGGAGGAAUCCGAGCAAGUCGGCUCUGUGAAAGUGACGCAUGGACCUGAUUGGCAUGAGAUGACGCUGAAAUUCAUGCAAAGCAACUCCGGGCUGUGGGGCGAUAAUAUUAUCGCAAAGCGAGUUACCAAGGAGCAUGCUCCUCGACGUCCUAAGCCUCUGCCAGCUGUACGAGACUUCGAAGAUGAUGAUGAGCUUGUGGAGUCACAAUAUUGGGAGUCCUUAGAGGUGCUGAGCCAAGCUCUGCGGGUGGAGCACGCCGCCUUGGUGCCACUGGAGCGGAGGGCCAAGAGCUGGGCACGGAGUGUGGCCUUUGCGCAGAUGACCUUGGGCAUGCGAGGGAUCCCCAUGAAAGGAGCAGAUGGAGUCCGAUGGAGAGUUGAAGAUGCAACCUUUGUGAUUUGGGUGCUUGGUGCAACAGCCGAAGUGGAAGUCUCCCUUGCAGAGCAAGGAUACUUCAAGGAUGUGAACUGGCUGGACCGUGCUCCAACAAAGGUAUACAUCAUUGGGGAAAACCUUCUAGAAGAUUUGGUCGAGGAGGAAAGCAAGACGAAGGAGACAGUUGCCGCCUCUGUGACCAAAGAAGAUGCAGCCACCUAUGUGGUAGUCUAUUCAAGAGCCAGCGCCGAGCUCUGCGUGCGCAUCCGGCAGCGGAGUGUAGGUCCCACAUGGGUCCUGAUUGAUGGAAGGCAGCUGGGCCUUGGAAAGCUCUUGGAGAAGAAAGCUGCCAGCGCGGAUAUCGAGUCACCGAAAGCAGAAGGACUCGAGAUUUCUCGUAUGAUCUCUUAUGGCCACAGGGAUGAAAUUCGAUAA